AUGAGCAAACAAGGUUUAUUUGAUAUUGAUCUCCAGUUGGAGAAGAAUAACGCUGACCACCACACUGAUGUGUUCUGUAAGGAUCGGCUGAUUGUGAGACGCGGGCAACCUUUCACAAUCAAUCUUAGCAUGAAGUCUGACAUGUCCAAACUCAGUGUGGCUACGCUGAUAGCUGAAACAGGACUGCAUCCUUCAGUGUCCUCUGGGACCAGGGUCUCCAUGGAUGUGAAUGGAGAGCCACAGAGCUCUGGAUGGAGUGCAGCACUGUCUCAGCAUGGAAAAGAUAUUUCACUGACUGUCUGUGCUUCUCCCAAAGCUCCUAUUGGCAAAUACCGUCUAAUCCUGUCUGAGCCCUCACAGAUGCCUUUGGGUAAAAUUAUAGUGCUUUUCAAUCCCUGGUGUGCAGAUGAUACCGUGUACAUAGAGAAAGAAGAAGAGCAAGAGGAGUAUGUUAUGUCCCAAGAUGGUAUUAUCUUCCGUGGCGCUGCUAACUAUAUCCAGUCAUGCCCAUGGAAUUUUGGCCAGUUUGAGUCAGGAAUCCUAAAUGUCUGCCUGAAGAUUCUGAACAAGAGCCUCCAAUACAAGAAAGACCCAGACAAAGAUGUGUCUCAGAGGGGUGACCCCAUGUACGUGACCAGGGUUCUUAGUGCCAUGAUAAAUUCAAAUGAUGACAGUGGAGUCUUGGCUGGCAAAUGGGGAGAAUGCUACUCUGGAGGGGUGGCGCCUACUUCAUGGACAGGGAGUGUGGAAAUCCUACGCCAGUGGAGUGACUGCAACUGUGCAUCGGUGCGCUAUGGCCAGUGCUGGGUUUUUGCUGGCGUGGGUUGCACAGUGGCUCGAGCACUGGGCAUUCCUUGUCGAGUGAUCACCAACUUUGAAUCGGCCCACGACAGCAAUGGUGACCUGAAGAUUGAGUCAUAUGUGAAUGAGAAUGGACAGAGGGUGAAGGAGUCUGUGUGGAAUUAUCAUUGCUGGCUGGAAAGCUGGAUGAAGCGUCCUGAUCUCAAACCAGGCUAUGACGGUUGGCAAGCCAGUGACCCAACCCCUCAAGAGCAAAGUGAAGGUGUGAUGUGUUGCGGUCCUGUCCCUGUGAAGGCCAUAAAGGGUGGCGACCUCACCUGCAAGUACGACGCUGCAUUUGUGUAUGCCGAGGUCAAUGCAGACCACAUUGUGAAGUGUCGAUUGACAGAUGGAAGAGUAGUGGACAUUGUGAAUAAAGUCCAAAUAGGACAAAAGAUUAGCACGAAGAGGAUUGGCCUUGAUGACAGAGAGGACAUCACACACCUCUAUAAACACAGGGAAGGCUCAGAACUGGAGCGUGUGUCCUACAGGAAUGCUCAGGUCUGUCAGGAUUUCAACCUGAGCAUUGAAUGCCCUCAAAGGAUUAAGAAGGGCUCUGACUUUAACCUGCACGUCCUCGUAGCUAAUAAAAGCAGCACUGUGAAGAUGAUAUGCCUUCUGCUCAGCUCUGGAGGCAUGCUUCACAAUGGUCAACCAAUCGCCAAGGGUUUUCGAAGUCACAUGGAACAACACUCCCUCAAACCUGGCAAAGUGCUGAGGGUCCCGAUGGAGCACACAUACAACAGUUACUCCGCAUUGCUCUGCACUGGCUGUCAGCUGCUUGUUACUGCACAGCUCACGGACAUUGGAAGAUGUGGCAGAAUGAUGGAGAAGCGUGUUGUCAUCCUGGAGGACCCCGAGAUCACCAUUCAGAUUCUCAGGCAGCCCAGAGUAGGACAGCAGAGCUGUGCAAAGUUGUCAAUGAGGAACCCAGUGCCUGAGGUGCUGGGAAAAUGCCGCUUUACCAUUGAGGGACCAAAUCUCACUCAUGGAGAAACGCUCUCUCGCACGAUUCCAAAUGUGGAGCCUGGAAAAGAGGCCAGGGCGAAGAUCUACUUCAGACCCACCCGAAGUGGUCAACACAAGCUGAUGGUGGAUUUGUACAGCAAAAAGCUGGGCCAUGUCAAAGCAUACACAAAUCUUAAUGUCAGCAAGGCUGAAGGGUAACAAAAGACAUCAUUUACAAGGCAACUCUAACACCUUAACUAAAUCCUCAUUGUAAAAAGCCCUCAACUGGGAGCAAUGUGAUUAAGCUUUGUAAUUCUCACACAUACAUGACCCUUCAGAUGACUUGUUUUAUAUCAGUUCUUAAAUGUAUUCAGCUCUUUUUCACUUAUAAUAGGAUAUAAGAUCUAAGUAAUAUAGCCCAAGCCAAAUCUAGGUUUUAUGGUGACUUUCAAAUAGGUUGUUUGGGGAAAAUAAGGUUUUUAAAUGACAAUUACUGCAUUUAUCCAUGUAUACUCUUUUAUGCUAAAAGUAAAAUACAUUUAGACUACUGUUUUUCAAAUACAAGGUAUUCUGGAAAUAAUUUUAA